UUUUACACUAUUUCUGAGACUAUUUAAUUGUUUUUGAUAAUAUCACCGCCGUCUUAGUUAAAUAAAUUCCGCUGCUGCUAACGCCAGGAGUUUUCCUUUUCACGACCGCACAUAACCAGACAAGAGAGCUUCUUCCAAGUGUACGCAACUUUUAUACCGUCAACGAUCAACGGUGCCAGCUGUUGGUACGUUAAAGUUCAACGACCGUUGAUCGAAGCUCGUGAACUGAUCCCUCUGCAAUGCACCAGCGAAAGUCUAGCUUUAGGGCGAAUUCUACUUUUCCCUCUCAUGUGGAAGCUGGAACUUGUUCUUUCUUUAAGCUUCGCCCUAGUUCUACACCUUUUCCACAAAAGCUUUCUUCGUUUGACAGCUCGUGUUGUUUUGUUUUGAUUUUGUUCUAUUUUUUUUUUUUUUUACAACGUGUUGUGCCGGUGAACGUGUGUAUUUAAUUCUAUUAAUUAGAAAAUUAUUUUAAAAUUAUUUUAUUUUCCAAUAAAGUUCCAGCAAAAUAGAACACCCAACGAUAGCUCAAGAUAUGUGCAUUAUUGUUUUAUUCAAAUAUAUUUGUUAUGCAUUAACAAAUAACUUUCAUGCAAGUUCAGAAUUUGUCAAAUGCAAAAAUGACGUCGCUGAUGGCAGAGGAUCGCGGAACCGUCGAUUAUAUGAGUUCAAUUCCAGCAAAAUAGAACACCCAACGAUAGCUCAAGAUAUGUGCAUUAUUGUUUUAUUCAAAUAUAUUUGUUAUGCAUUAACAAAUAACUUUCAUGCAAGUUCAGAAUUUGUCAAAUGCAAAAAUGACGUCGCUGAUGGCAGAGGAUCGCGGAACCGUCGAUUAUAUGAGUUCAAGUGAGUGUUUCUUGUUGUGUGUUAGGUGGUCGUGUUGUGUUUAGUAGACAGCUAUACCCACGACGUUGUAACGAUCAAAUUUUUGGUUGACAAAA